CCAUCAUCGAGAAUUUGACUGGAACUACAAAACCACCUUGAAACCCCCUCCUUGAGGUCUCCUUGAGGUCCUCUUUCCAUAAACACCAACGCCAGCAAAACCCAUCUACUUCUACAAUACCACAAAAUACACCAUCCAAUACUUGCAUCAGCAAAACUUGUCUACCACAAUCAUCACAGACAUCAACACCACCCUCAACAUGUCUGCCAGCACCGUCCACGUCACGAACAUCAGUUCCAAGACGAGUGAAAAGGAGGUCAAGGACUUCUUCUCUUUCUGGUAAGUUAGCAUAUCCCACCAACGUCAACCACGUAGGAGAAACCGUUUGGAAGCUGAUAUUAUUCUGCACAGCGGCAAGAUCACCUCCAUCGACAUCACCUCUGCCGGAGAGACACAGAAGGCCACCGUUACUUUCGAGAAGGAGACAGCUGCAAAGACCGCCCUCCUUCUCGACAGCACCGCUCUCGGCGCCACCCAAGUCAAGGUUGCAAGCGCCAGUGGUAGCUCCGGCAGUGACGACGAAGGUGGCUAUACCCACAACGAGGAGAGAGAUAGCGAUGAGAUCACACAAGAGGAGAAGCCCCGCAGCCGCAUUGUUGCCGAGUAUUUGGCUCACGGAUACGUUAUUGGUGACAAUGCGGUCCAAAAGGCAAUUGACCUUGAUUCCAAGCACGGUGUUUCCAACAGAUUCUUGAGCACCCUCCAAAGUCUUGACAGCAAAUAUCAUGCCACCGACAAGGCCAAGUCAGUCGAUCAAUCAUAUGGCGUUACCCAAAAGACCAACUCUCUCCUCUCCGGAUUGACCUCGUACUUCGAGAAGGCUACUGGCACCCCAACCGGAAAGAAGCUUGUUAACUUUUAUACACAAACAUCACGACAGGUUACUGACAUUCACGCUGAGGCAAGACGUUUAGCAGAUAUCAAGAAGCAGGAGGCAGGUGUGGAGAAGGUUCCAGGUACGGAGAAGACAACUUGUAAGUGCGGUGCAGUUUCUAAGGAUUGUCCCUGCGCCGAUGGGGCUUGUGCCUGUGUCGAUUGCCCAAAGUCGGAUGUCAAGAAGGUAGCAGCAGGCAAGACAACUUGUCAAUGUUCAGGUGAUGAAGGUAAAUGUGGAUGUGCUCCAGGAGCUUGCACUUGUGGGUUAAAUUGCUCAAAGUCGGAACUAAAGACAGUACCUGGAUCGGAUAAGACGACUUGUAAUUGCGGUGGAAGUACGGAAAACUGUCCAUGGUAUGUUAUUUCUUAUCUUAUGGGCCAUGUUAGCCUCGGUCCUCAUUUCCACAUCUUCGAGAUCUUCUGUUCUUCUACUUUUGAGGCAGGAUCCAUUCUAAUUGCAUUCUCCACCUCUUUGAAUCGAUCUUGCGAAUAAAUGCUUACUCUUCGCAGUGCCGCAGGUAAAUGUGCGUGUAGCGCGUGUCCAAAGCAGACCAUGCAGCUCAAGCCUGUCGCUGGAUCUGAUAAGACAACAUGCAAUUGUGGCGGAAGCACCGAAAACUGUCCAUGGUACGUCACCUUUCUUCGAGUAACUCUUCGCAAUUUGAAAGAAAUAAAUCUUACUUUCUAAUUAUCCUUCGCUAAUGCUUCGACGCUGGCAACAUUCGCUAACUCAUUUCAGUGCCCCAGGAAAGUGUGCGUGCAACUCGUGCCCAAAGCAAACCAUGUCCCUCAGACCAAUCAACGGAUCUGACAAGACUGAAUGCGAUUGCAAGGGAAGCACCGAGAAUUGCCCAUGGUAUGUAAACUUGCUUUUCGUUACCUCUUCUGCAGUCAAAACCUUGACAUUGCUACUGCAAAUCUUCUCUGCCUCAGGGUUCAAUAAUAAAAACAUUCGCUGACUAUUUGUAGCGCCCCAGGUAAAUGUGGUUGUGGUACAUGCCCAAAGGCCACAAUGCAGUUGAAGCCCGUUCCCGGAACUGACAAGACUGUUUGCGACUGCGGUGGUAGCACUGAAAGCUGCCCAUGGUACGUACACUCUUCAACUUCGUUCUGGAUUCUAUUUUGGUUCGAUGAUCAACAGGAAAAUUUCAUGCUAACUAUCUGCAGUGCUCCUGGCAAAUGUAGCUGCAACUCUUGUCCAAAAUCCACCAUGGACCUCAAGCCAGUUCCAGGAACCAACAAGACCGUCUGCAAAUGCGGAGGUGAUACAGGUUCUUGUGCCUGCGAAGCCGGAAAAUGCAGCUGUGGCGACGGAUGCGCCAAAUAAACCGCUGACUUACCUGACCUUGACAUUCAUCUCUUUGGGCAAUUUUUCAUUCUUUUUUUCUUUUCACGGGCCAGGAGGCUUUUCUGUACCAAAAAUUGUUGCUGUUCGUUUUUUUGCUGACACGUUUGGCUCGCGCCUCUUUUUUAUUUUUAGCUUCUACCUCCACCACCACAGAUCCCGCUACCACUAGUGCUACCCCUCAGCAAGAGUCGGGUGUUGUUACUGGUAGUGAGAAAACUUCAUAUGCUUAAUCGCUUCUGUUGUUUCGUUGAUUGCUUCUUCAAUCUUCUGCUUUACGACUGCGAUGCGUUGCUCAAGCGAGUUUGGGGGAUUGAUGGUGAUGGAACGGUGGGAAGGCUUUUAUGAUGGGAUGAUGAGAUGAUGAAUAUUUUUCAGUUGGGAUGUGGCGAUUGGGAUGUGAAUAUCGGAGUGAGGUUGUAGGGUUAGGGAUGAAUGGAAUUGAGGAUUGGGAUCUCUUGCUUGUCAAGUUCUCUUUUUUUAUUUUGCCUCCUUAAUAGUGGAAUGAAAAUCCUUUUCUUUGGGGAAUACACUAGUGGUGG